AUGUCAUUAUUUGCACUUUCAUGUAAACAAAUACAAAUGGAAACAAUUUUAUCUGAUCGUGAUCAAUCAACAGCUGGUGUUUUUAAAAUUCAAUCAAUAACAGGACAAUUUCGUCGAUUUGAAAAUGAUUUUUCUUUGAUUGAAAAUGUUAAUAUACAUGCUAUACAAUCACAACGUUGUCGAUUACAAUUUCGUUUACCAAAUGAUAUACAAACACAUUUACCACUUGGUAAUAAUAAAACAAAUGUCGGAUUUGUUAUGAAUGAAUUUGGUUUACAACGCCUAUGUUUUAAAUUAAUUAAUAAUGCAGCUAAACAACAACAACAACGUAUACAUAUUUUACUAAUAAUGACACGAAUUGAUGAAAUACAAACAACAAAAGCUUCAUCAAAACAUAAAUCAAAAAGAAAACAAUCAACUGAUCCAUUACUUGCAUCUCCAUCGGCAAUAAAUUCACCUAUAAACAUUCCACCGGCUACUACUACAACUAAUUCUUCAGUCGUUCCAGUAUCAUCUAGUCCAUCAUCAAGUAGUGUAUUUGAUGGUUCAAUUGAUCAUGUUUGGAUAUCAUUUCCUGAACCUCCACAUCAUACACAUUCAACAUCAAAUUCUUCGAAACGGCCACGUACAAGUACUACUAGUGCAAAACAAACUACUACAGCACCUAAAAAACUUUUUUCAUAUACACGUUAUGAUUGGAAUUUUCUUUCAACAUUAUCACCAACUGUUCUAGGUUGGUUUUGUGUUAUUAAUCGUAUACAAAAACCAGUAGAAAAAUUUCUUCGUAAACGUGAAAAACGUCUUGAUGCUGUUCUAGCUUAUUUUCUUGUUGAAACAAAACCUGUAUCAACUUUAUCACAAAGUAAACUCUAUGAUUUAUUAACUCCAAAAACAAAAUAUCUUCUUUCACAUCCUGUUUGUCAACUGGUUACUGAACUUCGUAAACAAUUCAAUCGUAAUACUCAAAUGAAUAUGAAUCUUCAACCAAAUAUUAUACCUGACUUACAAUUACUUAAACAAGGUAUACGUGUAUCAUGUCGUGAAUGGGCACAAACAAUAAAACAACAACCACAUAAAAUUAUUGUUCAACCACCUUCAUCAUCAACAACAACAUCACCUAUUAAUAGUAUAUUACCAACAACUAGUAAUGAUCAGGAACAACCACCAGCUGUUGUACGAGCACCCACAAUGGUUGAUCGUGUUCAACGUUUAAUUGGACAUGAAUUUGUUACAGCACAUCCACGUCCUCCAACACAUAUACCAACUAAACAACAUGAUGGAUAUGAUAGUUCAAUAACAAAUGGUUCAGCUAUUCGAAGACGUACAACAGUACAAAAUGCACGAUCAAAUAUGAACAAUAAAGACACAACGAUUGAAAUGAAUAAUGAUAACAAUGAUUUAUCUGGAGGUGAUGGUCGACGUGCAUCAAGUUUUCUAGUUGAUGUUAUGCGACGUUUUGGACCAGCAGUUAAUGUAAACAAUACAAAUGGUUACAAAUGUUUAAGUGUUGGUCAUAAUGAAUUAGAUUUUGAAGAUAAUACAAGUGACAUACGAUUAAAUGAUAGUAAUCAUGAUAAUGAAACAACUUAUUAUACUGAUAUGACACCUGAAUAUGCUGGUCAAACAGUUCUUGCUACAUCACACACUAAACGAUUUCAUGUAAAAUUUUUACCAAAUGAACCAACAAAUAAAUCUCAAUCAUCACCAUCAUCAGUCGUUCAAUUUCGUUUAUCACAUAUUCGUCAAUCAAUACAAAAUACAUCAAACGAAUUAGCAAUACUUUCUGUAACUAAUUUAAGUACUCAAAGUGUUUGUAGACAAUCACUUGAAUAUGUUCAGUUACAUUCUAUUAAUGUACAAGCUGGUGUUGAUGAAAUAACAAAAUCAGAUACAAAUACAAAUACAAAUGACCAACAGAAUAAUUCUACCGUUCUUACAUCUGAAAAUGGUACACAAACUCUUGCUUUAAAAUUACUUGAACCAAUUAUUCUUCGUCUUGAUAACAUUGAUUCAUAUAGUUCUGAGCGACAAUGUUGGAAAAAAUGA